AUGGAUUACCGGAAAGAAUGGGCCGUGCCGUUCGACGGGAUUGUGGCAGCACCGCCCAGUAUUGGUACAGACGUCCCUGUCGAUCCGCGUUCGUACCGCUUGAAGGCGUACCCGUUUUACGAUGCCCCAAACCCGCCCGAGUUUGUGGAGCGGCUGUUGAAGGACCGAGGUGUGCUGCCGGACUCCCCGGUGGAGACGGCGGAGCCCGUCGAAGACCCCGGGGCAAGUGACGGAUCAACGCACCACACCCGCCCAUAG